AUGAAAGUAUUUUUGUGUGGCCGCUCUCUUAGCAGAGGUUGUGUUUUCCUGUGCUGUUCAUCAUUUGUCUCCACUUUUUGUUUGCUUCAUCCCAGAUUUCGCGGCACCAUUUAUUUGAAUUCUACUGUUGGACUUUCCACUUCAUGGACCAACAGGCCGUAUUUGUUAGAUGCAGAUUCCUCAUAUGGAAUAACACCCAUCCUUGUGAGUGAAAAUGAUGGAAAUAAGUACCACUUCUGUGGCUUCUACUGCAAUGAUGACCAAAGUGUUGAAUGCCUUCUCGGGAUCUUCAUUGCAUUCCCCGAUAUCGUUUCUACUGAAAUAAAGUUAAUGGAUCCCCAGUUGGUUUGGUCUGCUAAUCGAGACCGUCCAGUGAAAGUCAAUGCAACCUUGCAGCUAGGCCUAGAUGGAAACUUGGUCUUGGCAGACUCUGAUGGAACUUUUGUUUGGUCCACUAAUACUACUGGAAAAUCUGUUUCUGGCUUAACCUUAACAGAAAUGGGGAAUCUCGUGCUCUUUGACAAAGCCAAUCGCAUAGUUUGGCAGUCAUUCGAUCAUCCUACAGAUUCUUUGCUCCCGGGGCAGAGCUUGGUUGCUGGGAGGAAGCUCGUGGCUUGCGUUUCAGAAACCAAUCUGAGUCAAGGUUUGCUUUCUCUUGCUAUUCUCAAUAGAAGCCUAACCACUUACAUCGAUUCCGAUCCACCUCAGGUUUACUUUACUUCAAGAAGGCCAGCUAGUACGUAUUUCAGUUUUGAUGGUCAAGCACUUACUGCUCCGCCAUACUCUCGGACAUCACCAGCUGAAUUCAUGAAGUUUGGGCCUGAUGGACACUUCAGGGCAUACCAAUGGGAUGAGAACAGAUAUAAUUGGAAAGACAUAUCUGAUCUUUUGCUUAAUGUAUACGCACAGAAUUGUGGUUAUCCAAUGGUGUGUGGAAGAUAUGGCAUUUGUACAAGUAACGGCCAAUGUAGUUGUCCGUCAGAUCAAAAUUUCUUUAGGUCAUUAGAUGAGAGGAAAAAAGAUGUUGGAUGUUUACAACUGACAUCCAUUUACUGCAACUCUUCCCAGUAUCAUAGUUUCGUAGAGCUAAAAAAUACAACAUAUUUUGCAUUUGAGUACAAUCGUGAAACAAUUCCGAGCAAAUUUUGGUUUGGGGGGAUAACGUUGGAAGAUUGCAAAAGGGCCUGUCUAAGAAACUGUUCCUGCAAAGCUGUUGUCUUCGGAUAUGAUGUUGAUGAGACUAGAACUGGGGCUUGUUUAUUACUGAAUGAGGUCUUUUCCCUCGUAGACACCGAUGACAGAUGGCACAAGAGAGUACUUCUUAAGGUGCAGAAUUCCUCAAACACACAGAAUCAGUCUGGAGGAAAAAAAUCAAGACGUCACACAGUGAUAAUCGGAUCUACUCUUGCUGCUAUAUUUGGGAUAAUUUUAAGUAUCACUGCUUGCUUUGUUAUCUUCAAAAAGAGGACACAGGAUUCCACAAAGUCUGGGGAUUUUAUGGAUCUCGAACCAAACUUUACGGGAAUGCUAACUCGGUUCUCCUACAAUGAGCUAAGAAUAAUAACUGAAGAUUUCAGCAGAAAGCUCGGGGAAGGAGGAUUUGGCUCAGUAUAUGAAGGAACACUGAGUAAUGGCACCAAAAUAGCUGUAAAGCGUCUGGAUGGUCUAGGUCAUGUGAUGGAUUCAUUCUUAACAGAAGUUAACAUAGUCGGUGGGAUUUGUUGACACCCAAUUUUGACCCGCAUCGGUA